AUGCCCCCCAAGAAGGCUGUCGUGCAAGAGAAGGUCCUGUUGGGCCGCCCAGGCAAUAACCUGAAGAGUGGUAUCGUUGGUCUCGCCAACGUCGGCAAGUCCACGCUCUUCCAGGCUAUCACGAAGUCCACGCUGGGUAACCCCGCCAACUUCCCCUAUGCCACCAUCGACCCCGAGGAAGCUCGUGUCAUUGUUCCUGAUGACCGCUUCGACUGGCUGUGCGAGCACUACAAGCCUAAGUCGCAGGUGCCUGCCAACUUGACCGUGUAUGAUAUCGCCGGUCUGACCCGCGGUGCCUCCACCGGUGCCGGUCUCGGUAACUCUUUCCUGUCUCACAUCCGUGCCGUCGACGCCAUCUUCCAGGUCGUGCGUUGCUUCGACGAUGCCGAGAUCAUCCACGUCGAGGGUGAUGUCGACCCCGUCCGGGAUCUGAACAUCAUUAGCGAGGAGCUGCGCGUCAAGGAUAUCGAGUUCGUCGAGAAGGCGCUCGAGGCCCUGCAGAAGCAGACCAAGCGUGGUGGUCAGUCCCUGGAGAUGAAGAAGCUGCGCGAGGAAGAAGGCACUGUUGCUAAGGUCCUUGAGUGGCUGCGCGAGGGUAAGGAUGUGAGAAAGGGUGAAUGGGGCCCCAAGGAGGUCGAGACUAUCAACCCUCUCAUGUUGCUGACGGCCAAGCCCGUUGUCUACCUGGUCAACCUGAGCGAGAAGGACUACAUCCGCCAGAAGAACAAGUACUUGCCCAAGGUGUUCGAAUGGAUCAAGACCAACUCGUCCGGUGACCCUCUGAUCCCCAUCUCCGUUUCCUUCGAGGAGCGCUUGACCCGCUUCGAGGACGACGCCGCCGCCCUCGAGGAGUGCAAGAGCCUGAACACCAAGUCCGCCCUGCCCAAGGUGAUCACCACCAUGCGUCAGUCGUUGAACUUGGCCAGCUUCUUCACCACCGGUGCCGACGAGGUCCGUCAAUGGACCAUCCGCAAGGGUAUUAAGGCCCCUGCCGCCGCCGGUGUCAUCCACACCGACUUCGAGAAGACCUUCAUCCAGGCCAUCGUGUACAACUACGCGACCCUGCGCGAGUACGGCGACGAAGCCGCUGUCAAGGCUGCCGGUAAGAUCAUGACCAAGGGUAAGGAUUACGUCGUCGAGGACGGUGAUAUCCUAAUCCCCCCGAGCAACCGCUCAAAAGUCAAGUCCUCAGUGCAGCGCGCCCUGCGCCAACGCUUCCUAGAAACCUACCCUGGUUUCGAACCGUACAUCGAGGAUGUGCUACCUAAGAAGGCGCAGUUGGAUGCUGUGAAGCUUCCCGAAAAAGCAACCCUCUACAGCAUAGACUCGAUCCCCCUCUUCUUCCAACCGCAAGACGGCCCCCCGAUUCCCCAUCUGAAGCUGCUGCACGCCUACCCGGACGCCCUGCCCACCGUGCAGAUCGACCGCGGCGCCAUCCGGUUCGUGCUCUCGGGUGCCGCGCUCAUGGCGCCCGGGUUGACCUCCGCUGGGGGACGGCUGCCUGAUAAGGAGAAUGCGGUGGAGGCCGGCCAGGUGGUUGCUGUACGGGCCGAGGGGAAGGAGACGGUCUGUCUGGUGGGGGUGUUGAAGGUCGGCACGGAGGAGAUUAAGGAGAAGGGGAAGGGGAUCGUGCUUGAUGAGGGGCAUUAUCUUGGGGAUGGGCUUUGGAGGAUGACUUUGGAUUAA